GGCGCGGCGUCUCACUCGGCGGCGGGGAUCGGCAGCGUGUGUCGGAGGGAAGAGCUGCGAGGAUGUGCGGAAUCUUUGCUUACCUGAACUAUCAUGUACCUCGCACAAGAAGAGAGAUCUUGGAAACUCUCAUCAAGGGACUUCAGCGUCUUGAAUACAGAGGAUACGACUCUGCUGGUGUUGGAAUUGAUGGCGGAAAUGACAAGAACUGGGAAAAUAACGCGCGUCAGAUCCACUUGAUCAAGAAGAGUGGGAAGGUCAAAGCACUGGAAGAUGAAAUUGACAAGCAAGAGUCCAUAGAUUUGGACAGAUUUGAAGUACAUCUUGGAAUUGCACACACACGUUGGGCAACUCACGGUGUCCCAAGCUCAGUCAACAGUCAUCCACAGCGCUCUGACAAGAACAAUGAGUUCAUUGUUAUUCACAAUGGAAUCAUUACAAACUACAAAGACCUGAAGAAGUUUCUGGAAAGCAAAGGUUAUGAGUUUGAAUCUGACACUGACACGGAAUCUAUGCAAAGCUGGUCAAGAUACAUGUAUGACAACCGUGAGAAUGACAUCAGUUUUGCCACCCUGGUGGAGAGGGUUAUUCAGCAAUUGGAAGGAGCUUUUGCUCUGGUACUGAAGAGUAUCCAUUACCCAGGUGAAGCUGUCUGCACCAGGCGUGGGGGCCCUCUGCUUAUAGGUGUGCGAAGUGAGCAUAGACUUUCAACUGACCACAUCCCUGUACUGUAUCGCUCGGCCAAAGAUAAGAGCAGCUGCAGCCUACCUCGUGCAGACAGCACCACCUGCCUCUUUCCAAUGGAGGAAAAAGCCGUUGAGUACUAUUUUGCAUCAGAUGCCAGUGCUGUGAUUGAACAUACCAACCGAGUUAUCUUCCUGGAGGAUGACGACGUGGCCGCUGUAGUGGAUGGACAACUCUCCAUUCACAGGAUUAAUCGCAGAGCCGGGGACCAUCCAGCUCGGGCCAUCCAGACCCUGCAGCUGGAACUGCAACAAAUCAUGAAAGGCAAUUUCAGCUCAUUUAUGCAGAAGGAAAUCUUCGAGCAGCCAGAGUCUGUUCUGAACACGAUGAGAGGAAGAGUCAACUUUGAUGAGUAUACAGUAAUUCUUGGCGGCUUACAAGAUCAUAUCAAGGAGAUUCUGAGAUGUAGACGCUUGAUCCUCAUUGCCUGUGGGACAAGUUACCAUGCAGGUGUUGCUACUCGACAGGUGCUGGAAGAACUUACAGAACUACCUGUUAUGGUCGAGCUUGCUAGUGACUUCCUGGACCGAAACACUCCUGUCUUUAGAGAUGAUGUCUGUUUCUUCCUCAGCCAAUCAGGAGAAACAGCUGACACUUUGAUGGCACUGAGGUAUUGUAAGGAGCGAGGUGCUCUGACUGUGGGUAUUACAAACACAGUUGGUAGCUCUAUCUCUCGUGAAACAGAUUGUGGUGUCCAUAUCAAUGCCGGGCCUGAAAUUGGAGUUGCUAGCACAAAGGCUUACACCAGCCAAUUUAUCUCACUGGUGAUGUUUGCACUACUGAUGUGUGAAGAUAGAAUUUCAGUGCAGGAGAGGAGAAAGGAGAUUAUUCGGGGUCUGAAGGCGUUGCCAGAUCUUAUUAAAGAGGUCUUAACCCUGGAUGAAGAGAUACAGAAACUGGCAAGAGAACUGUACCAACAGAAAUCUGUACUCAUCAUGGGCCGUGGUUAUCACUAUGCCACCUGCUUGGAAGGUGCAUUGAAAAUCAAAGAGAUCACAUACAUGCACUCAGAAGGUAUCCUGGCUGGAGAGCUGAAGCAUGGACCAUUGGCCCUGGUGGACAAGUUGAUGCCAGUGAUCAUGGUGAUCAUGAGGGACCACACAUAUACCAAGUGCCAAAACGCUCUGCAGCAAGUAGUUGCACGGCAGGGUCGACCAGUGGUCAUCUGUGACAGGGAUGAUUAUGAGACGAUAAAGAGUGUUAACCGGGUAAUUAAAGUGCCUCACAGUGUGGAUUGCCUGCAGGGGAUCCUCAGUGUCAUCCCACUUCAGCUUCUCUCCUUCCAUCUUGCUGUCCUACGAGGAUUUGAUGUUGACUGCCCCCGAAACCUGGCCAAAUCGGUGACUGUGGAGUGACGAGAUGCUGCAGAAUCCACAUGAAAGGCAGAAGGCCAAGACAUUUUAUAACCUGAACAUUCUUAACUUUUUUUUAUUAUAUAUUUUAAAGUACAUAAACCCACUGGGAUAGGUCUUUCUAUUUUAUAUUUAGUGUAGUGCAAUUACAGUGGGCCAGGUCCAACCCUGAAUCAUUAGAUCUAGAGGGAAAGUUCUUGCGCAGUGGGCUCUUUUCUACAUUAUUUUGUUGGCAUAUUUUUUUGUCAGCAUUAUGAUUGGGUUUCAGAUUAGUUUUUCAUUUGUUUGCUUGCCAUUUCUUAGUCUCCUGGGGAAGAAGCUCUCCAGGUACAGAGCACUGAACACUUAUCUCUUGCUGUCAGAACGUUUGUCCAUGAGUGAUGCAACAAUUUUGUGUUUGGACCAAUUAUUGACUGAGCAUGUGGAUGUGAACUGAAAUGGGGGGUUGUGGAGGGGAUCGGGGUUCAGCUUGCUUCACGUGUUGGGAUGGGAAGUGAACUCUUGUGUUUUCAUGCCCAGUCUGUGCACAGACUGACAGAACAAGAAUGAACAGGAGCUGGCUUUGAGAAUUUAAUGAUGAAAAUCACAACUCACAACCGAGAAUGAGAGAACCAUAUGAUGUCACAAAUUGCUCAUCUUGCAUACGAGUAUCUCCUUAAUUGAAAAUACUGAUUUAUUUCUCUCCUUUCCUUGUUGUCCAUCUUGCUGCACUCUGGCUUGGGACCUAAAGACAUGCUUCAAGAAAAUAUGUUCUAAACCAUAAAUUACUUUUUGCCCCUGGUGUCGCUGUGACAGGUCUGUGGCUAUUGCUUCAGCUUUGCAGAUAACUGAUGAGAUUUGCUGCUCACAGUGAUUCUGGUUGCAAAUAAUAUGGAACAUUCAUAGUGGAAAUUGUCCUUCUGAAAUGGUAGUAAAUAAUGAUUUUAUAGUUAACCAACUUGUUGAAAAUAGCAAGAGCUGUAGGAGGUACGAAGGCAGCUCCCUCACUUGCACUUUUCCCUCCCCCACGUUAAAUAUUUUCCUUCAAAAUGUUGAGAGAAACACAUGUUUUAAACUGACCAAUGAUUGUUUAGGCUCAAGCUGGGAUCCUGCUGUGUGAAUGAUUCAUUAUUUAUGAUGGCUUAAUACUUUAUACUGUGAUUUUUAAUUUAGUGGGCUCUUCAAUGAAUCUAAUGCUUGCGGCACAAAGUUGGAAGUGAUCUAAGGAAGUCCAUGGCUUUCCUUUAGAAAUGUGAAUCAGUAAAAAUUCAAAUGGAUGAAAAUUGAAUGAUAGCAAGCUUUUACAAUCAUUUUAAUAUUAAAAUUUGUCCAAGGAUAAUUUUGCCUACCUCCUUGGAUAAGCAUAACUUUUCUAUGGAGUCAGUCUACUCUGAAGCAGGCUUGACUUCUGUCCAUAGCUGCUUAAUUAUGGUAUGAUUGAAAUGCAUGGAGAAUUUCAGACUCUAGUACGGAGAAUUCUGACAUGCUGCUAACAGGCAUUGCUUCUGCGCCUGCCCUUUCCAAUCGACGCUGGCUUUAUAACAUGUCGCUCAAAACUGGAAAAAUUGAAGGAAAACUUAGUUGUAUUGUUCUUUUAUGUGAAUAUUCAAAGGGGUCGAGUAGAAAAACCCAAGCUGCUGCUGAGCUCCAAAUCAGUUGUGGAUAUGACACUACUGGAUAUUCGUACAGUGAGAGCGCUGUGAAACUGGUCUGGGAUACCACACGGUGUUUGGUUUGCUGUGUCUGCAUCCAAAUGAUGGGGGACACUGGAAAGGAACCUCAGAUCAGAAGAAUUUUCCUUUCAUCUUGUCCACCUCAUCACCACCUCCAUCCAGCAUUCGCUUGUAUAUUUCAAGCAUUGAGUUCACCUCCCAUAUGAGUUUGACUGUUUGGUUCACUUUCCGGAUAAAAUUGAAUGAAGCUGGAGCCUGCUCUGGGAAUGGAGUGUGGGCAAGAAUUUCAAUAACUGGAUGAUUUGAAGUGAUUACUGAAUUAGCCUAUAAUCCAUAUUGUUGUAAAGUUACCUCAUGCACUUGAUUGUGUUUUUCAGUCCCCCCCCUCCUUAACCUGUUACACUUUCCAGCUGUUCAUUAGUGGCAGAGCAGGGACAGAUGGUCCUUUGCAAGCUCAUCUUGAAUGACACUGUGAAUUUCUGCUGUAAAUGUAAUGGGGGAACAUUAGACAGUGCAGUUUAUUCAAAGAGCAGAAUUACAUGACAUCAUGCAGGCAGUACAGCACCGUCCCUGACUGAGAGUAAUAUUAGAUAGGUACAUGAAUAGGCAAGGUUUAAAGGGAUAUGGGCGCAGGCAUAUGGGACUACCCAGGCAGGUAGGCAUGGAUGAGCUUGGCCAAAGGGCCUGUUUCUGUGCUGUCUUAAAACUGUCAAUCCCCAUCCCCCAGGCUGUCCUCAAUUAAUGUCGGUUACAGUUGGCAGGUGGGUGGCAGUGUUGAAUAUUCACACAUCUAAGUUCAUCCAGUGCUGCUUUUAUGUUUGUUGCUGUUUCCAUACCCAAGGUUGACAAAUGACCCGUAUUUAUCCAUGUUAAAGUUAAGGUGCCAUCAGGUUAACCCGUUAAGUUAGGCAAGUGUCUGUGUGGUUCUUUGUGUGGUGUUUCGCACAACACCAGAGUCAUCAACUCUGCAAAUGCAAUGAGUGUCUGUUGCCCCUUUGCUUCAAAUUCAGUAGCUCAAUUCUUAUUGUGACUGCAGCGUUGAUACCCCAACCUUAGUGACUAUGAGGCACAGUGGCCCUAUACCCUGGAAUGCAGUCAAAGGAAUGGUUUUGAUUGUUGCUUUGGAGUGCUCUGUCUGUGGAAGUGGAAUUCAUUUUGAUUGCUAUCAGCUUGCAUGCGAAUAAUAAAUAAGUGCACCAUGAAGUGUUUGAGACGGGGGAGACAGUGGGCCUGAGGCCGUAAUUUUCUGCAAUAUGAAGGUAUGAAAAUCCUGCUGACAGCAUGAAGAAUAUUUUUAGCAACCCAUCAGUUUGUUUUAGGGUAAAGUCCAAUUUUCAUUUGUUUUCCCUGUAAGUUGAGUCACUACAUGCAAAAAUGCUUAUUGUGUAGCUUUAUAAUCAGGGUAGUGUGGUAUCUGAACCCAUCGUUGUGUUAGGUGGUUUGUUCAGGAGUGACACGAAUAUGGUUCAUUUUCCAGUGCAGGAUAAUCUACUUCUGAAGGUAGACUCCCAUUGCUGAUUUGUUUAAAAGUCACCACUCAGACCCACAUUCAGAUCUUCCCACUAUUACAAGGCAAUCCUUCACCAGUCCAGUCAUAUUAAGAGCUGUGCCCCCCCUGUUUUUUAGGGAUUGAGCAUCUGGCUUCCUCUGUGUCUAAAGCUGGUAGCUACAGUGGCUAGGCAGUAACACCAUAUAGGUCAGAAAAUCAACCACGUUUUCCACACUAAUAGAAACAGUCCACCCUAGGGUAUGUUGCAUUUAAACCAGCUUUUAAGAUAUCAGAUUGGUUUUGGAACUUUCUGACUAGAACACAGUGACUGCAGUAAUGUUAGGGGCUAUGUCAUCCUCCUGGAAUGUAUGGUGAAUUGUAAAAUGCAGAAUGAGCAUCAGAAUUGAAACACAAUGAUUCAUCAUUAACCACAACAACCACAAUAAGCAAUUUCUUAAAGAUUAAGAAAGGCACUCGUAAAGUUCUAUAUAUAGGCAGCUUUCAAGAUUUGCAUUGUUUGUUGUAGAGAAUUCAUCACAAGCCUUAUUGGCUCAGUAUAUGCAGCAGUUAAUUUGGGAGUUGGGACCAGUAACUAAAUGAGGUCAAGUCUUUGUGCAAAUGAAGGAUGCGAGAACAAUGCACUAAUCCACAGGCACUCCCUGCUUCCAGUCACCAAAAAAUAUCCCAGGUGAUCAAGGUGGUUGAUUAAGUUUGAAUGUCAGUGCACAAUCUGGAAUGUAUUUGUGUAUUCUGGUUACUACGUCUAAAUAUACUAUAUCCAAACACAAAAUAACAAGCAAUAAUAUUUACACAAUUUUUAAAACAUUAUUUGAGAAACUUGUUUCUUUUUGUGCUGUCAAUGUCAUGAAACAUUGUGGUACUGUUAUAAAAGUAGGGAACCACAGCACUGGUGGGUUGGUUCAAGAAUACAGGGCUGUGAAAAUGACAAGUAUGGCAAUUUACAGUAAACUCUGAAGGAUUUGUGUGUGUCUAUAUAUAACUUAUUUUCUGGGUCCAACAGUCAAUUCCCCACUGCUCCAAGACGUAACUAACCUGAAAGGGCAGUAUGCACUGUUAACAAUACCACAUUGAACUGGCAGUCAAUGAAAAAUCAGUUUCCAUUAUGUGAAAAGACACCAGAACAGGAUGGUGUAAAUGAGGUGCAUUUAAAAUUGGUAGUCCCACCAAAUUCCAAAACUCCUUGAGGCACAUGCCAAAUUAGAACCUUUUAUUGGACUGCCCCUUCAGCUUUCAGAUUGCAGUUGUAUUGUUCAGGACAAGGAGCGAAAGCAUUUCAACCCAACUAUAUUUGCAUAUCAUUGGUGUAAUGAAGUAAAUAUCACCAAAGGCACGCUGCUGCUAUGUGAGGUAUUGUUGGGAAAUGGAAUAAUUGUACAGAUUUUGGUCAACGUAGAGUAAUUAAUCCAUAAGUGUCAUUGUUCUGGUCUGGUCUGAGGGAAUGGGAUAACACAUGAUCAUGUUCUGCACGGAUGAUUAUUAUCAACAAUAUGUAGAAUGUUUGUUCCUUGUCUGUUCAAAUGCGGCAUAUAAGAAUUGUCAGCAUACAUAAACAGCCAAAUUCAAGAGUUAACUACAUUCCAACUUUACCUUGGGAAUCUUCUUAUUAAAGUCAGCUUGUAGAGUCUGAAUUGUUGUGUAUGCAACAUUAAAACUGCCCCUAACUUGGCACUGGAACCCUUGCUCAUAUGAGAGAGCAGGAUAUUUGGAAUGGGAAUUGUCCACAAGUGCAAUAGUCACAUAAGUGCUCUUGAGAUUGAAUCUGAGGGGAAUUAUACUGUUGGGGAAGAGUGAAGGGAGUUUUCCUCUGCAUCUGGCUGUUAUGCCUCACAGAGGAGUACUUAACACUACUUGACCGGGAGAGAGUGCCAUUCACCAGCACCAACAUGACUCUCAUACAAAUGUUCCAAGAGUCUUAUAAAUCCCUUUCUUUGCCACAGGUUUAAACUCCUUAUGGAUUUGUCUACAGAAAGUAAGACUGGGUUCACUGCACAAUGAUGUUGGAACAAAAUCUACACCCACGGUUUUUUUUAUGAAUGCUGAUUCUCACAUCCAUUAAACUAUUUUAAUCAUUCCUUAUUUUUGAGGUGGCAUUAGAAGUUGGAAUGCUGGGACCAGAGCUCGUAUUCCUAAGGAACAUCAAGGCACAAAUAAACUUUUCAAUUUAACGCACUCCACUAGUGGUUAAGGACCUUGCUGUGGUUGAUCAAAAACAUAUCAGUGAAGAAAUUUAUAAAGUUUGAUGAAAAUGUUUUCUCCAGUAUUGGUACAAUUUAUUGCCCCUUGUGCCACCCACCCUAUAGUCUGUACAUUGCACAUGACCAGAUGAAUAACACAAGAAAAGAGUACCUUUAGCUUUGUGUAGCUGCUAUUUAAGGAGGUACUUUGCUUGUUUUAACUGUGAAUGGAAUGAUAGAAUCCUCUGUUUGCUAAUCUGGUUUGUCUCGGUCAACUGUCUUUGUGAUUAGCUCCUGCGAAAACUGCUUAUGCCAACUAAGAUCUUUUAAGUGUGCACCAUAGACUGUUUUGGUUUGUAUGAUUUUUAAUAAAAGUAUAUAGAGAUAUUCUUCAGGACCACC